GCGCUCACACACUCGCAGACCCAACCGAAAAACCAAGGGGGAAAAAUAGUAAAGAAACGGAGGCGAGCGAGGCGAGGCUUGCCCCCCUCCUCCUCCCCGUUUCUUAUCUAUCCUGAUCCGAAUCCGCCUCGCUUCUUAUACCCUCCUCCGAGGAAAAUAAUUCCAUCUCCCCUCCCCACCGCAUCUCGCCCUGCUCGCCUCCGUCGCCGCCGCCGCCGUCGCCAUGGCCACCGAGGAAGCCGCCAAGCCGUCCCCGCUCCCGCCCUACCCGGAGAUGAUCCUGGCGGCGAUCGAGGGGCUGGGCGACAAGAACGGGUCGAACAAGUCGGCCAUCUCGAGGUACAUCGAGGGCAAGUACGGCGAGCUGCCCCCGGCGCACCCGUCGCUGCUGACGGCGCACCUGUCGCGCAUGAAGGAGUCCGGCGAGCUCAUCUUCUUCAAGAACAACUACUUCCGCGCCGACGCCCCCGACGCGCCGCCGAAGCGCGGCCGCGGGCGCCCGCCCAAGGUGCGGGACCCCAACGCGCCGCCGCCGCCGCCCAAGGCGCCGUCCGCCGGCUCGCCGCGGCCCCGCGGGCGCCCGCCCAAGCCCAAGGACCCGCUGGACGCCGCCGUCGCGCAGGCCACCGCGGGGAUGCCCAAGGCCCGCGGCCGCCCGCCCAAGAAGGCCAAGACCGAGGCCGCCGCCGCCGCUCCCGCCCCCGCUCCCGCCCCCGCCCCCGCCGCGCCCGCCGGCGACGGCUCCGUCCCCGUCAAGCGCGGCCGCGGCAGGCCCCCCAAGGUACGCCCCGCCGCCCCCAGCGAGACGGCCGCCGCCUGACGCCGCCGUGACAGAGAGGGGGACGGAUUAGGGCGUAGCGAUCCGUCCGAGCUCCACCUGCCGCCGCCGCCGCCGCCGUGUUGUUGAUCUUAGGGUUGGGUUCGGUUCCCUUGCUCGGUCUAAUUGUCGUCGUGGCUUAAUUAAUUAUUAAUGGAGUAAUUAGGAAGGAUUUGAUGUGCCGUGGUUUCGCCUGUUCUGUUCAGUUGGUGCUGGUGUGUUGUAAUCUAAGCUUAAGCUAGGGAUCUGCUGCUGCUGAGAGUGUUCUGUGCUGGUUCUAUUGAUUAGUCAGUCUGCUAAUGUGGAUGUGUGCAACUUAAUUAGCGGAUGAUGGUGAUGUUGAUGUUGAUUUAAGGCAGGGUUCCAUCUAGUUCGAGCUCA